GAGACAGUAAUAACCACGGUAAGCAGCAGCUCCGUUCUCCCGGUGAGAUGAUGAUGGCAGCGGAGGGACAGAGAGUGGUGCUGAUCACCGGCUGCUCGUCCGGUAUCGGGCUCGCGAUCGCCGUGAUGCUCGCGAGAGACGAGAUGAAGCGCUACUACGUCAUAGGGACCAUGCGGGAUCUGAAGAGGAAGGAUAAGUUAGUUGAGGCGGUGGGAGACGUGUACGGUAAAACUCUGUCUCUGCUCACGCUGGACGUCUGCAGUGAUGAAUCUGUCAAACAGUGUGUCGACAGCAUCAGAGAUCGACAUGUAGACAUACUGAUUAAUAACGCUGGCGUGGGUCUGGUGGGGCCGCUGGAGGCUCUCAGUACAGAUGACAUGAUGAAGGUGUUCCAGACUAACUUCUUUGGUGCGGUUCGCAUGAUUAAAGAGGUGAUGCCCGACAUGAAGAGGAGACGCUCCGGACACAUCAUCGUCAUCAGCAGUGCCAUGGGCCUGCAGGGUGUGGUGUUUAAUGAUGUUUACUCGGCUUCAAAGUUCGCCAUAGAGGGGUUCUGCGAGAGUCUGGCCGUCCAGCUGCUCAAGUUUAACAUCACUAUGUCAAUGAUCGAGCCCGGGCCCGUACACACUGAGUUUGAGAUGAAGAUGUUUGCAGAUGUUUCUAAGAAAGAGUAUGUCGGUACUGAUCCAGAGACGCUUCACCACUUCAGGACCUGCUACCUGUCCAGUGCAGCGAACAUCUUCCAAGGCCUGGGCCAAACACCUGAAGACAUUGCCAAGGUCACUAAGAAGGUGAUUGAGUCGCCGCGGCCUCCGUUCCGUAACCUGACGAAUCCUCUGUACACUCCGAUCGUGGCACUGAAGUACGCAGAUGAGACGGGCAGCCUGUCUGUUCACACCUUCUAUCACAUGCUGUAUAACCUGGGAGGAGUCAUGCAUGUUAGUCUAAACAUCUUGAAGUGUCUGAGCUGUGGAUGCUUACGGAAACGAGCCAUUACACCAACCUAACACACACUCAAUGUGGAUUACAGCGACAGCGAUAGGUGUCAUGGUUUUUAAACCGCACAAACUGUAUAUUCUGUCCCCUAAGCCUAAACCUACCCCUAAAGGAAGUGUCCUCAUAAACCAUGUUUAUUAAAACAUUUGUAUCCUCAUAA